UCUCUCUCACUUUCUUUCUCAUAAUUUAAACUCAUUCAAUCUCAUUAAUGGAAACUACAAUUAGAUCAAUUGUUCACCCAAUGAACAUUUGAAUUACCGUUAAAAUGGAAAAAAAAGUUAACCAUUAAUAAUAAUAAAGAAAAACGUGUUUCUCCCCAAGAGUUUCUCUGGUAUAUGUUGGCAUCUUUUUCUUGUUUCAUUUUUUAAGAAAAAAAGUUCAACAUGAAUCUAAAUCUAAAUCCAUCUGAUUCCUUAAUUACUUUGAUCAUUCUCACCAUAAAACGAACAUGAAAAACCCUUGAAACCGGUUCUCCAUUGAUAACUUACCUGUUCUCCUCUGAAGAUAGAGAAUAUUUUCAUUUUCUCUUCUCUUCUUCUCUUCUUCUUCUUCUUUUCUCUCAUUCACAUUUUCUAACAUUCUAAAUCAACAUUGGUUCUUAUUCUUGUGCUUUGUUUAUAUCUUUGUGUAAAUGUCUCCAAUUGAUUAACCAUCUUAAAUUGUUUUCUUCUAAUUAAAUUCUCAACAUCAAUAUCUACUUAAAACUCUCUCAUUCUAAUUGAAGUGAUUUGUUGAUUGGUCUCAAUGAUUGAUUACAAUUCCAUCACCUUAGAACCAACAUCAUCUUCUAGACACUUUUUCCUCUUCUUCUAUUACUUAUUCUUAAUCUGUUGAUGUUUACAAUUAAAUCCAACAAUUGAUGUUUAUUUUUCUAUUAAUCCACUAAAUGGAAUUACUAUUGUACCUUAAUUGUUGUCAUCUUCUUAUUAAAUCGUCACUAUUGUUUCGUAUUUAAUUAUGAUUCCAUUUAGAAGUAAAUUCAAUGUUUCACUUGGAAUCAAUUGGUUGAUUAUUUUUUCAAUUCUUCAAUUGAUUAUUAUUUCCAAUGGCCAAACGCAUGAAAGAAACUUUUCAUUCGAAUCAUCCUCAUCUUCAUCCUCAUCAUCUUCUUCUAGUGUGAUUAAUGAAAGUCGAAAUCGAGCUGCUUAUAUUGACGGAAGUGCAGCAAGAUUUAAUUCCAACUUUGGAUCAACCAAACGUCCAUCAAGAACUCAACCUUCGCCAUCAGAACGAUUCGAUGAUGAAGAUUCAUCAGCAACUCAUUUAAGAUCUGUGAUAUCAUCGAGUUACCAUGAUAGUAAAAUUGCCGAUGAAAGGGACGAGAUACCCGAAAGAAAAGAGAAAGAUGAACGAGAGUCAAGUGCCGAAGUUAUCAGUUCAUCUCGUCGAGGUGAUGAUGAAGAUGAGGACAGAAAAAAUAAUCAACCAUCAGAAUCCUCAUCAACCUUAGCACCCGAUAAACCGAUAAGGUCACAAGGAGUGAAAAAAAGUCGGACAACACGUCCACCAGCCUCACCACCGAGUACAUCAACACAACCUCCUCCUCAACAAACAUCAACAAAAUCCACUACAACGCACAGUCCAGCCGGACAAUCAAAUGGUCAUCGUGUAAUUAAUACUCAUUCCUCAUCUCGUCCUAACGGUGAAUCAUCAUCAUCAUCAUCAGAAUCAUCAGAGUCUCGACCAGGAUUGAUCAAUAGUAACUUUGCCUCAUCGAGUGUGCCAAAGUCGACCAAGCAAAUCAAUCCAUUUCUAUCAACCUCAAUUCAUUGUGGUGAAAACAUUACCCUAAGCUCACUGACCACUUCAAUUGUUUCUCCAGGGUGGACAGAGGGUGAAAAAUAUCCCGCCAAUGUUGAAUGCGUUUGGAUUAUUACCGCUGUAAGGUCACAUUUUACUCAUAAAGAGUCAGCGAUUUUAGUUCGAGUGAAACAUCUUGAGAUUGAACAAGAUGAGGUCGAUUGUCCCUACGAUUAUCUUGAGAUUAAAGGUCACAAGAAACUCUGCGGGUUUAUGCAGAACAAAGAGAUUCUAAUUAAUUCGUCAAGUUUAAUAAUCGUUUUCCACACCGAUUCCAAUAAUGAAGAUCGAGGUUUCGAAUUGGAAAUUUAUUCUCAUAUGGAUGAUUGUACUCUGGAGGUUAAGGCAACGAACUCAGGUGAAAUAACAUCACCCGGAUUCCCGAAAAAUUAUCCCGAUUCAACUGAUUGUUGGACAUUGAUCAAUGCGAAAACUUUAAUCAACAGUGGAUCUCGAAGUGGUGGUUCUUUAAACGGAGAUGGACACGAGAAUUUAACCAUAAUGGUGACAUUUGAUUUCAUUGAAUUGGAACCAGAUGAUCAGUGUAAUUAUGAUUUUGUUGAAUUCUUUGAGGUUGAUAGUUACACCAAGAAACCAACCAAAAGUUUAGGUAAAUUUUGUGAUGAGAAAUCAAUCAAUAAACUAUCUGAACGCACCAUUGAUUAUAAUCCUGAUCCUCGAGUAUCAUCAUCACCUCAACCAUCAACUCACCUUUUAAUUACUCGUCCAACAAAUACAAAUAAUAACAAUCAUCAUCAUCAAAGUGAAUCAGUACAACCAUCAUCUUCAUCCUCAUCAUUGAAAUCAUCAUCAUCAUCCUCAUCUUUGGCCAAUGAAAACAUUAAAUCAAGGGCAACAGUUAAUGCUAAAGGACCUUAUCUAUUGGUUCAUUUUAAAUCUGAUCAAUUACUUAAUCUAAGAGGUUUCAAAGCCUCUUACAAGGUUGAAACUGAUCUGUCAAGGUCAUCGCUUUCAAAUUGUGACUGGACUCCCGAUGAAUCCUCCAUGACACUGAGCUCACCUCAAUAUCCUAAACCAUACCCACCGAAUAAGGAUUGUUCAUUAAUCUUAAAAUCACCUCGAAUCGAUCAGAAAAUUAUUAUUGUCUUUGAAUCAUUUCUCAUGGAGAUUGAUAAUAAUUGUACUUUCGAUCGACUUGAAAUCUAUGAUGAUUAUGCUUCGAUAAAAGGUGAAUCAUCUAGUGACAAUAAGCCAUCAAAUGGAGUUCGAGGGUCAUCAUCUAGUCUUUAUGCCAACGGUUUGACCAUGACAAAAGUACCGACAAAAGUUUUCUGUGGACACAAAUCGUCCAAAUUUAAAUACCUUUCGAGUGGACCAUUGAUACGAUUACGAUUUGUUUCCGAUUCUCUUCAUGAACAUCAAGGUUUCUUUGCAAGGUACAAGUUUAUUCAGGGUGAAAAUAUUGAUGUUCAACCUUCAAAACCGAUUGAAAUUUUUACUCAAGUUCCUGAAAAUGCUUCGAUAAUUUUAGGCUCAUCUCAUCUUCUUUCUUGUCAUCCAAAUAUUUUACACAUUAAUCAGCCCUCAUCAUCAUCAUCAUCAUCAUCUUCAACUCGAUUACCUGAAACAAAUGACCAAAAUAAUAACAAUUAUAAUCAUCAUGUGGGUGACAUUAAUUUCAAUCAGAAUCACAAGAAUAAUAAUAAUAAUCCAAAUAGUAAAAAUAUUUUAUGGUUCAAAGAUAAUCAAUUAAUCACCGACGGAGUCUCUGAAAAUGGGACUAAAUUGUUGAUUCGUGAAUUUUCAAAGUUAGAUGUUGGCAGGUACUCUUGUAAAUAUGGCUCUGCCACCGCUGAGGCUUGGCUUAAAGUACAAAACACCGAGUGUAGUAUAACCUUCCGUAAACGACCUCGAGACGCUGUUCUAUCAGAAGGAGAGUUCACCAUCUUUGAAUGUAAUGCCAUCUCUCCAAGUCAACUGUCCAGUAAAGUGACCAUUACCUGGACCAAGAAUGGUAAAAAAUUGGUAAACAAUUCUCGAGUUGAUAAGCUUAAAAAUGGUUAUCUUGUUAUUAACGGAGUAAAUCAAGAAGACUCUGGUCAUUAUUUUUGCGUUGUUCGGCUGGAAGAUUAUCCCAGUUGUACCUCUCAAGCCGGUGCUCGACUUGAUGUAAACGCACGUGCCAACGUUGAAGAUAUUUGUGGUAAACCAAAUUUAGCACUGCCCUCCAAACAAAAGCCUCUCCUCGACUCGGCGGGUAAAAUUGUCGGCGGUGCAGAUGCAAGGAAAGGCGCUUUCCCCUGGCAAGUAAUGUUCUGGGACGUUAAUCGGAAAUCAUUUUGUGGUGGAGCGCUGCUCAAUGAACGCUGGAUAGCCACGGCUGCUCAUUGUUUCACCCAGAAUAAGUACAGUCCACCACCUCCGCCGUUGGAUACAAUUGUUGUCCGUCUUGGUAAAUUUGACCAGAAAGAUACGGAAGAGCAAGAGUUCAACACCAAGAUACAAGAUAUAAUUAAACAUCCCGAUUAUAAUCCGGAAACUUUUGACAACGAUCUGGCCUUGGUUCGUGUUCGAGAUCACAUUUUAUUCACUGAUUACAUUAAACCAAUUUGUAUUGGUUUCUCACGAUCUCUUAUCGAUGGACUUUUCUUCACUGAUAACCAACGGACAAUUAAAAUGGGCCAUGUAACCGGUUGGGGUCAGUUAAAAGAGAACGGACCUCAACCUCGUUAUCUUCAAGAGAUACGAAUGCCAAUUGUUGACCAAGAUUCUUGCCGUAAGGCCACUUCCUUUGCCGUCACGGGUAAUAUGUUCUGUGCAGGUUAUGCUCAGGAAAUCAUCGGUGAUGCCUGUAAAGGCGAUUCGGGUGGACCAUUUGUCGGACUCUCUUCCGAUCGAUGGUAUCUAAUUGGAAUCGUCUCCUGGGGCGAAGGCUGCGGUCGAACGGGAAAAUAUGGUUACUACACAAAAGUCUCCAAUUACAUCGAUUGGGUCAAAGGAUUGAUUAAACACUAAUUGUUGACUCAUUUAGUUAAUCAGUCAACUUUUCAUCAACUUAAAUUUAUUUUUCCAUUAACUAUUUAUUUAAAAAUCUUUCCUAAAAUCCGAGAAUCGCAACAAUUUAACCAAUACAAUUUCAAUCAUCAAGAAUUACAUCAUAAUCAACCUUUUCAUUUUUCCCCCUGUUUUUAAUUGUAAGACUGAAAAACAAUUAAUUAACUAAUCAGAGAGAAAAAAAAAUAAGUAAAUUAAUUAUUAGUAAAACCAAAUUUACUAUUAAUAAUAAUAUCAAGUACAAUUAUCAUCAUUAAACAACAACAACAACAAAGAUGAUCCCAAGGUCUUGAUAAUUAACUUUAAGGAAUCAACAAUCAACUUAAUUUUAUCAUCACUAUGAUUGAAUAAUAAUCAAUAUCAAAAAUCAAUGCCAUUGACAACAAUUAACAAAUGGAUUAUCCUCCUUUUCAUCAUCUCAUUAUCAUCAUCAUUACUUAUAUUGUGAUAGAUUGAAAUUAUUGUUCAAUCUUGAUUUGAUUUGAUUUCUUUUGAUUAAAACUAAUCAUUUAAUUGA